CACAAUGAACGUGGGUUUUAUCGAGACUUGAAUUAUAUAUCCCUUGAUUGAAGGACAGUAUUCCCUGGUGUGUUCUUGAUAUUAAUAACUCGAACAAUAAUGGCUCCGAAUGCCAUUCCCGCGUCACAAACGCCCGCUUUGCAAUGGACCUCACUACCAAUCACCAAGUUCUCUCAUGCAAUUAAUCUCAACCAGCAUGAUACUAACGUCAAUUGGAGUCAUAUUACAAAGCGAGACAAUAUGUUUGUUGUAUUUGAUAGUGCAAAAUCUUUCAUCAAUACAGUGACCGAGGAGCGCCGGUUGCUCAAAGUGAUUGUUGGGGCUGAUGUGGUGGAAAUUGUGGACUUGGAUCGUCUCUGUCAGGACAUGGCCGAUGCUGCAGCGCAAAGCAGCUUGUUCCUGUCACAGACUGGUCAAACGCCUAGUGCAGUCAUGAUUCGCUGUCCUUGUAUUGCUAUGCGCUAUCUUAAGCCAACUGGAGAGAUUCGCCGGUUCCAAAUCCGUCUUGCCGUCGAGGCGGACUUUUAUACCGCGGCCAGUAUCCUCACUAGAAUCGGCUUCUCCUUGAAUAAUGGACCAGUGCGCCGAACGACAACAAUCAUGCCUCCAAGCCGGCCUAUAUCGGCACCAUCGCAGCUGCACCCGACAGAAUUCUUGAGCCUCUCGCAAUCUGAGCCUGCCUUUGACCGCACAAUUGAAGUCGAAUCUCCCACAGCAGAAAUGCCAAGAAACUUAAUUUCUAGUAUUCCAACUUCCCAUCGAUUUCUUGACGACCAGCCCUUUCAAAGUUCGGCACCGGUGCAUGCAUCUACACGGCAGCUCCCUGAGGAUAUUAUCCGCCCUACAACAGCACCGGUUUCAAUGCCACUAUCGCAGGAAGAGACGCUGACCCAAAUUAUACCUCCUAGGCGGGAACUCCCUUUUGGUCGGCCAGUGCCAGCUAGUAGCUCGCCCUCACGAACCACGAUUCCCAAAUCUGGCCAGCUUUCGAGAAGACCUACAUUCUCUGUCGCGGAUUUACCUCCUCUUCGAACGCCCACAUAUGUUUCAGAGACGAGCGACGUUUCUAACAACACUACGCUUGCAAAUACGCCCAUUUUGCCUACUGCACCUGGUGAGACGACUAAAACUCGAGCACCUCGCAAGCGUGCUAGAACGUCGAAAUGUACCACCAAGCCGAACAAGGUCACAGCUCCUUUAGAAGUCAGUCAGCCUUCGGUAUCGGAACCUCCAGUGCCCCAUCUCCAGCCAUCUUCACUCGAUCAUCCAACCACCUCGGUUGUGGAUCCUAAUUCGGCGUGUCAUUAUCAGCCAUUAUCAGAUCAUGCAAGCAAUCAAGCAGCCGAUUCGUCUUCCCAACUCCAGCCACCAUUACCUUCCAGCGGCGGAGCAAAUGAACCCCUCUCAAGUGAAUAUCUUGCACAUAUUGACGCUUUCAUUGCCCAACAUGCUCCCAACACUACAGCCAGUAGCCACGCAGAAAGUCUCGUGGAUUACUCCUCUCUCCCCAAUGAUGAGCGCCUUGCCGCUUUGGAUACGAUGAUCUGUAACCUCAUUGAGGACGAAAACUUUAUUACGCUAUGCCAAGACGUGGAGAACACUUGGCGACGCAUUGGACUUCAGCUAUGA